CUGUAAUUUUGGUUCAAACAUGUUAACUUUCCUAUGCUAACCAAACUUGCAGUCGCACCGGUGGUUGUCAGAAUCCGAGAGAGAACAACUAUGCCGGUUAUGGACUGCCAGAAGCUCUCCUUGGAAGCAUGCACCCAUGCUGCACAGAAUGAGAGACUGCCGCUAAGAAUAGUUGUACAAAUCCUGUUCUUUGAGCAGCUUCAGCUAAGGACUUCAAUUGCCAGUUGCUUUUUGGUUUCUGAUAAUCUGGAUGGAUCACGACAGCUGAGAAGCGGGUUUGCAGGGCCUACCGAAGGAGGCUGGACUGAAGCUGCAAGGGAAAAUCAGGUUCUGAAGGUAGGCAUGGAUCACAUGAGAACACGGGUUUCUGAGCUUGAGAAAGAAUGCUCGAACGUGAAGCAAGAAAUCGAAAAGAUAAGUUGGGUAAAGAGCUUCUCUAGGGGAAACGUCUCGAAGAAAUUCGGAUUCAAAUUGAAGUCUCACAUGUGCAGUGCUCAGGGGGGUUCCAUUAGCAACCAGAAAUCAAAAAGUGGAAAGAUGGAGAAAGUAAAGGACCAGAAAGGAAAGCAAAAGAAAAACUCAACUCCAGUAUCCAGAUAGGAAAACCUACUGAUUUUCUCCUGUCUUAUUGUUUGUAGAUUGGUACUUUAAACCUUGCUUUAGCAUUUGAUCUCACAGUAAUGUAUAUGAUUGAAGAAAGUGUAAUUUAAUUUGUUUCAUGCAA